AUGUCGGACCCGGAAACAUAUAGGGAGCUUCCAAAGAGUGAAGUCCCGAAAGACAUAGGUGCAAAAAGCCAGUCUCCUUCAGAAGAAAUAUUCGCAACUCCCGCAAAUGAGCAUUUCUUGAAGCAGCAUUCUUAUAUUGAUCUCAAUCCUCUUGUGCAUGAAAUAAGAUUGGUCCAUGUCUUCAAGAAACCUGGAAACCAUUUGAUCUGCUGCGACUUUCUCCCCCCACAGAAACUCACAGAGAUCAGCAAGAAAUACUGCACGAUAUCCUACUGCGCGGGCAGCGCCGAAGACAUUAAGCCCAUUCUUCUUCAAGGGAUAGAGUUCAAUGUAUUUGCCAAUCUCGACUGCGCUCUUCGGGAAACACUUGCAUAUUGGAGCACCAUUAAUGCUGAAUUCGCCUGUGUUCUCUGGGUCGACCAGAUAUGCAUCAAUCAAUACAAUGAUGCUGAAAGAUCUCACCAAGUCAAAUUCAUGAAGGAAAUCUAUUUGAAUUCCGGUGGAACGUUUAUCUGUCUUUCUACAGCCGAAGCAGACAAGCCUGGACCGAAUGCCCUAUCUUGGUUUUCCCAGAGAGAUGUACAUGAGCUGACCUUGAGGCACUCAUCCGAUAUAACCCUGGCAGACUAUGUCAAUGGCUGGAAUGCGUUCUACAACUUGAUUGAAUGCCCAUGGUGGAGUCGUGCUUGGAUUCGUCAGGAGUUUGCCUGUUCGGAAAUCGCGAUCUUCUUGUAUCAAAAAGAGGCCUUGCAAUUUUCCGAGUUGGAGUGGCUUCAAGCUCUCUGUAAUUUAGACCUCCAUAGUACCAUCCAUCCACGUGUGGAUAGGUUCUAUGGACCUUUGCCUUCGCCCGUCGAGAUCGAGAAAGAGAUGGAAAGUCUCACUGAGAGGCAAAUUAGUGCUUGGGAGAGUUGCCGUACUGCCAUGGAUCUACUCUUUCAGAGGAGCGUCUUUGAAAAUGACUCCUUAGAGUAUAACAUGGAUAUAAAGAAAUUGGCGAUGCUCGCCCUUGACUCUAAAGCGACUGAUCCACGGGACAAGAUCUUUUGUCAACUGGGACUUGCACAUCGAGGAUACAACAUCAUGCCAAAUUAUUCCAAGUCUAAUACUCUUUCUCGCGUACUAAUCGACACCGCAGCCAAGAUAAUCCAGUUCGAGGGAAAUCUCGACAUACUUUUAUAUGCGCUUCAUCUUGUUAAAGCACCAUCCUGUCGAUUGCCAUCUUGGGUACCUGACUGGACUUCCUCGAAGACUUCGAGCUUUUUCACUUUGGGAUACUCGGAAGUUUUAUCGUCUCUUGCAGUCAACGAUCGGACCAGAAACGACACCAUUAAUCCUUUCCGAUUUCGAGAGAGCCCUGAGGGUGGUGAGAACUCUGUUCUACGAGUACGAGGACUUCGUUUGUACAUAUUGAAAGGGUUAGAUGAGACCAUCGCGAGCAGUAAAGGCAAACACGUCGUCUUGGAGAAUGGGUAUAUUGUUCAAUGCCGGGUUGAAGCAGAGUUGGGUGAUGAAGUCUGGCUUCUCAUAGGCACGUCCUGUCCCUACAUCCUCCAUCCUACUAAGAAGGGGUUUAGACUUAUCAGUGAGGUUAUGGCGCCGGGUUAUCAUGCAACCCGCCAAUUGUUCUUCGAAGAGAAACAACGCAGGAUGCACAAAGGACUUGAGAUCUUGAAGGAAAUUUCUAUAAUUUAG